AUGACAUCACUUGUUGUUUCGGGGAUCGCUCCAUUUUUGGAUUUCGCAGGCCUAUUGAUGCUCGUCGAGAAAAUCUCCAUUUACUUGCUCAUUGGUGCCACGUUUUAUUGCAAAGUAAUGGCUCUAAGAGCCUAUUUUUCACGUAUCACCAAGAAAGACAUCGACAUCAAGCAUAAUUCCGACCCUUCUGCACGUGAUACGACGUUUAAUGAAAUUCUUGCCAAUCGCGAUGCCAGGUUCUUAACCGAACUCACCGAUUACCGUGUCAUAUUUAACGCUGAACUCGCCUCACGCGAUGAAAACUUUACAGCGGAGAUCCAAAGAAUCUUGAUAAUGCUAAAUACUUCUACUGCGAGACUUGAUGAGAUUGAACAAGUUCUUCAAAAUUACCAUAACAAUUUUGGUAGAGUCGCAACCGAAUUCGAAUCAAUCAAUAGAUCUAUCACAAUUCUCCAAACCGAAGUUAAUCAACGACACUCCCUUGUCCGGAGUACUAAUAGGAGAGGAUCGGACCAGCAAAUCGAGGCUUUAUCAUCUUCUGCUCGUUUAUCAAAUUCCUCAACCUCAAGCCAAAAAUUCGCGAAUAUCAUUUCUACAAUCCGGGAACUGUUAAAGGCUAUCUUUGCUAGAGUUAAGGAUGCGAAUGGUUAUACUUUAGAUCAGAUGUGUAAUAUUGUAUCGGCUGACAUUCUUAGGCUUGGGAUGGGAGCAAUUGGAAAAGAUAUAAUAAAGGGUUUUCACAAUGGGAAUAGUAUAAGAAGCGAAAACUUAGAAAAGAUAGGUGCUUGGAUAGAUAGUCAUUUACACACUACUGAGUAG